AUGGGUGUGACAGUGAAGAUCAACGACGUUGAUAUUGACAACAGGUUUGUUGUGCCUUAUAAUCCACUGCUGUUAAUGAAAUAUCAAGCUCACAUAAAUCUUGAGUUCUGUAACAAGUCAAACGUCAUCAAGUAUCUUUUUAAGUAUAUCAAUAAGGGUCCGGAUCGGGUGACUGCAACUGUUGGAGAAAUAUAUCAUGUUGGUGAAUCUUCUCAGGUGGUUGAUGAGAUCAAGCAGUAUUAUGAUUAUCGUUAUUUAUCAUCGUCUAAAUCCAUGUGGAGAAUUUUUGCUUAUGAUAUUCAUCAUAGAUGGCCGUCAGUACAGAGGUUGACUUUUCACUUGCCGAACCAGCAACAUGUUAUAUUCGAUGAUGCUGAUAUCACUAUUCAUGUUUAUUUGCGCAACAAAGAUUUGCUGACGAUGUUUACGGGUUGGAUAAUGGCCAACAGGCGGUUCCCGGAUGGAGAGGUUGUACCAGUUUUCGAAGAGACAUGUUCUGCCAUGGGAUUCUUGAUAGAUGAUAAAGAGUAUGUUUCUGCUAUUAAGAAAGUCACCGAGGUAGCGUCCGCUGCACAGCUAAGGAGGCUUUUUGUGAUGUUGUUACUAUCUGGUUCCAUGGGAAGGCCUCUGUCAGUUUGGGAACAAACUUGGGCUUAUUUGUCUGAUGAUAUUCUUUAUCGCAGAAGGCAUGAGCUGCAAUAUCCCAAUCUAACAAUGAGUCAGGAUGAGUUGCAAACAUUUUGUUUGUUGGAGAUUGAGAAACUAUUGCAGAGUAAUGAAAAAUCAUUGAAAAAUUAUGCUGGCAUGCCGGUUCUUAAUAACUCUUUAGUCUCUCAAUUUAGCAACUUGAUGCUGUUGCGUGAGUUGCAGUAUGAUACUGUUUCUUUGACUCGUGAGCAUGAUACAAAUGUCUUAAAGAUUUUUUCGGCUAGAUUGCGAUCUGAGAAAAAGAUUGUUAUAAACGUUGCUUCUAGUGGUAUUGCUUCUCUGUCGUUACCUGGUGGUAAGGUGGCUCAUUCUAUGUUCAAUAUUCCUGUUGAGCUGACUGAAGAUACUGUUUAUCGGAUUAAGAAGGACAGUGCAAAAGCUGAGGUAGUCCGAUUGGCCGAUUUGAUUAUUUGGGAUGAGGCACUGAUGACUAACAAAUUAGCAUUUGAGGCGCUUGAUAGGACGUUACGUGAUAUAAUAGUUUCGGUCUCUGAUAGGAAUAAAGAUUUACCUUUUGGUGGGAAGGUGGUCGUUCUCGGUGGUGAUUUCAGGCAGGUCUUGCCAGUUAUUCCGAAAGGUUCUCGUGCUGAGAUUGUCAUGGCUUCGAUAAAUUCUUCUGUCCUCUGGAAAUAUUGCGAAGUUUUGCAUCUGAUGAAAAAUAUGAGGUUAACAAUGGGAUUGAAACAAUCAACUCCUCAGGAGUUAAGGUCAUUUUCAGAUUGGAUACUUCAAAUCGGUGAAGGUCGAUGUAGAACAGUGGUCAAUGAUAAACUUUUUGUUGAUAUUCCUUCUGAUAUAAUCAUUCCUAUCUUGGAAAAUCCAGUGGAAGAUAUUGUAAAUACAAUCUAUCCGAAUUUGGUUCAGAAUUUUCGUGAUCCAAGCUUUUUCCAGGAUAGGGCAAUUCUAGCUCCGACUAUCGACAAUGUUGAAGAGAUAAACAAUUAUAUAGUUGACUUGUUGCCCAGGGAGGAGAAAAAUUAUCUCAGUGCUGAUUCGAUAUGUGGUAGUGAUGUCUAUUCUGAUGUUGAUGUUGAUUGGAUAAAUAUUGAAUUCUUGAAUCAGAUUAGGUGUUCUGGUCUACCUAAUCAUUCGUUGAAGUUGAAAAUAGGCAUGCCUAUUAUUUUGUUAAGGAAUAUUGAUCCAGCUGGGGGUUUGUGUAAUAGGACCCGACUUGUUGUGCGAGAUCUAGGGAGAAAUGUGAUCGGUGCGGAUAUUGUUUCUGGUAGCAAUGUUGGGGAUAAAGUUUUUAUCACCAGAAUGAAUAUGAUUCCCAGUGAUACGGUUAGGAAUUUUCCCAUAGAGUCUCAAAUUGAAGAUCUGCAACCAAUCAAUCAGGUUUUACUGUCUAGGGUAUGGGAUUUCUACCUAAUCUACUUCCUCAGCGGUGAUGUGAUUGCCAGAGUUUUUCCAACAAAACAUAAAGUUGUUUGUGCUGAAUUUAAUAGCUUCAUUGAGAAAGGAAUGGGUGUUGUGACACCAAGUUGGCAUCACGGUCCUGUGUUAUCUUCCCUUAAAAAUGUCUUCUGCACAUAUAAUGAUGUUAAGGAUUUUCCCAUAGAGUCUCAAAUUGAAUAUCUGCAAUCAAUCAAUCAGGUUUUACUGUCUAGGGUUUGUGAAUUUGCUAAUUUGCGAAUUGUCUAUCUGGCUUCGUAUGUUUCUGGGUUCGUGUUCUGUUUUACGUUCUUUGGAAGUUGCUGUUAA